GACAUUUCUGUCAUUGGUCACUGUAAAAUUUCCUAGUAAUUGCGAUCCAUAAAUAUUUAAAUUUAUUUUGUUUGCUUCACAGUUCACUUGAAAAAGUGUAGUGUAAGUUGUAGUUGCUAUUUCCGAAGCUGUUCCGAAGCCUCUGCUGCAUUCAGCUCACCUCCGCUUCGAACUUCAUUGAUCUUGCAUCUUGUUUGUAAAAGUAAAAGCAUUGCAUAAUGCCGGCUCGAGCGGUCUGCGUAUUGAACGGCGACGUAAGCGGCACGGUGUUUUUCGACCAGAAGGAUGAGAAGUCUCCAGUGGUCCUGUCAGGAGAGGUCAAAGGUCUCACCAAGGGCAAACAUGGCUUCCACGUGCACGAAUUUGGGGACAAUACAAACGGCUGCACAUCUGCAGGGGCACAUUUCAACCCCCAGAAGCAGGAUCAUGGUGCCCCUGAUGCGGCCAUCCGUCAUGUUGGUGAUCUAGGCAACAUUGAGGCUACCAGUGAUAAUGGAGUUAUUAAGGUAUGCAUCCAGGACUCUCAGAUAUCCCUGUGUGGGCCCAACAGCAUCAUCGGCCGUACAUUGGUCGUCCACGCAGACCCUGAUGACCUUGGCAUCGGCGGCCAUGAGCUCAGCAAGACCACGGGAAACGCUGGAGCGCGCAUCGCUUGUGGAGUCAUUGGAUUGGCCAAGUCUUAGAUUGCCAAUGUUGGCCCCAAUGUUUGCUAUCUCUAUGUUCAACAGUAACAUAUAACUGAGAUGUUAUAGUUCAUUACUAUUAAGAAAAUGUUGCUUAUUUGUUGUACACAAUUUCUAAACUAAAAUGACAAAUUCAAUAAUGUCAGUUCUAUCAAUUUAUUUUAAAGAUGGUGUUCAACUAAUAAUAGUUUACAUAUAUUUAAUGUGUGCAAGUUGCAUUAAUCACUAUUUUUAACAUGAAUGACCUAUAAAAAAUAAAUCUACUUUCUAUGGAAAGAAAAAUUUAAUCCCAAAAAAAAUAUAGAAUCAAAGUAUACUCAAAUCUUUAUCUAGAAAAGUGUUAAAUCUGUUAUAUAUAAUAUUAUGUUACUGUUGAACAAUUGGUAUGUUAGCUGUCCCUUUUAAAUUACUUGUAUGUAAAAGAGAUAGCUUAUAGAUAUCACAAACAUAUUAUUAUAGCUUUACAUUGUAUGAUGCAUACUGAGUGAAUUUUCCAUCAUAGGCAAUGGCAUAAUAAAAGCAUUCAAUGAAUAUAGUAUCUACUUUUUGUAUCAUUUAUAUUACUUAUACUUUAAUAUAUUGUGUGUAAAAUCAUAAGUUUGGUUUUUCAAGGGUCUUAACCAUUAUUGAUGUACUAUGAGUAUGUGUAUUUAUCAUAAUAAUGACUCAAUAAGUUAAUGCAAAAAAAGAUUAAAAUAAGUAAAUUAUAUUUAAAUCACCAUUUUCUUCAAGUGCCUAUGUUUAGCAUUCCCAGUGUAUUUCAAAGAGAAAAUUAUGUUAUCUUGUUUUUUAUAUUGUAAGUACUUGGUUCAGGGCAUAGUGGUAUUGUAAAGUAUCAUAUUGGCUACUGGUUUUUUUCAAUAAACACUUAAAGUUUA